GAGGUGGAGGAGGAGGAGGGGAAGGGGGGUUGCAGAACAAGCGAUGGAUGAGGAAAACAUGACGAAAACCGAGGAGCAGCAACCUCUGAGUUUGCAAAAAGCCUUACAGCAGUGCGAGUUGGUCCAAAACAUGAUCGACUUGAGCAUCUCCAACCUGGAAGGGCUUAGGACCAAAUGUGCUACCUCCAACGACCUCACACAAAAAGAAAUCCGGACCCUGGAGAGCAAACUGGUGAAGUACUUCAGCCGGCAGCUGUCCUGCAAAAAGAAAGUGGCCCUGCAGGAGCGCAACGCGGAGCUGGAUGGCUUCCCCCAGCUCCGGCACUGGUUCCGGAUCGUCGACGUGCGCAAGGAAGUCCUGGAGGAAAUCUCCCCAGGGCAGCUGAGCCUGGAGGACCUCCUGGAGAUGACGGAUGAGCAGGUUUGUGAGACGGUGGAGAAGUACGGAGCCAACCAGGAGGAGUGUGCCCGCCUCAAUGCCUCCCUCUCCUGCCUCAGGAAUGUGCAUAUGUCAGGAGGCAACCUUUCCAAACAAGACUGGACCAUCCAGUGGCCCACUACGGAGACGGGGAAGGAGAACAAUCCCGUGUGUCCACCAGAGCCCACCCCGUGGAUCCGCACCCACCUCUCCCAGAGUCCCAGAGUCCAGUCCAAGUGUGUCCAGCAUUACUGUCACACCAGCCCCGCGCUGGGGGCCCCUGUGUACACCCACGUGGACAGACUCACCGUGGACCCCUACCCAGGCCUGUGCCCGCCCCUGGAGUCGGGCCACCGGUCCCUGCCCCCGUCACCCCGGCAGCGGCACACAGUCCGCACCCCACCGCGCACCCCAAAUAUCGUCACCACGGUGACCCCGCCAGGCACGCCGCCCGUGAGGAGGAAGAACAAGCUGAAACCCCCGGGUACCCCGCCGCCCUCCUCUCGAAAGCUCAUCCACUUGAUCCCAGGGUUCACGGCCCUGCACCGGAGCAAAUCCCACGAGUUCCAGCUGGGUCACCGCGCGGACGAGGCCCACACGCCCAAAGCCAAGAAGAAGAGCAAACCCUUGAACCUCAAGAUCCACAGCAGCGUGGGCAGCUGCGAGAACAUCCCUUCCCAGCAGCGCUCGCCGCUCCUGUCCGAGCGCUCCCUGCGCUCCUUCUUCGUGGGACACGCGCCUUUUCUGCCCUCCACCCCGCCCGUCCACAGCGAGGCCAACUUCUCCGCAAACACACUGUCAGUGCCACGCUGGUCUCCACAGAUCCCUCGCAGAGACCUCGGCAACUCCAUCAAGCACAGGUUUUCCACCAAGUACUGGAUGUCUCAAACGUGCACAGUGUGUGGGAAAGGGAUGCUUUUUGGCCUCAAGUGUAAAAACUGCAAGUUAAAGUGCCACAACAAAUGCACCAAAGAAGCCCCGCCCUGCCAUCUCCUGAUCAUCCACCGGGGAGACCCAGCAAGGUUAGUCCGGACAGAGUCAGUCCCAUGUGACAUCAACAACCCUGUUCGGAAGCCACCCCGGUAUUCGGACCUGCACAUCAGCCAGACGCUCCCCAAAACCAACAAAAUCAACAAGGACCACAUCCCUGUCCCUUACCAGCCAGACUCCAGCAGCAACCCCUCAUCCACGACAUCCUCCACGCCCUCCUCACCAGCACCCCCACUCCCUCCCAGUGCCACACCGCCUUCGCCCCUCCACCCUUCGCCUCAGUGCACCAGGCAGCAGCAGAACUUCAACCUGCCAGCAUCCCACUACUACAAAUACAAGCAGCAAUUCAUCUUCCCAGAUGUGGUGCCGGUGCCAGAGACGCCGACCCGGGCGCCCCAGGUCAUCCUGCAUCCGGUGACCUCGAAUCCAAUCUUGGAAGGAAAUCCAUUACUUCAAAUUGAAGUGGAGCCAACCUCGGAGAAUGAAGAGGGCCACGAUGAAGCCGAGGAGUCAGAGGAUGACUUCGAGGAGAUGAACCUGUCCCUCCUCUCGGCCCGGAGCUUCCCCCGCAAGGCGAGCCAGACCAGCAUCUUCCUGCAGGAGUGGGACAUCCCCUUCGAGCAGCUGGAGGUCGGAGAGCUCAUCGGAAAGGGCCGCUUCGGGCAGGUGUACCACGGCCGCUGGCACGGGGAGGUGGCCAUCCGGCUGAUCGACAUUGAGAGGGACAACGAGGACCAGCUGAAGGCCUUCAAGCGGGAGGUGAUGGCCUACAGGCAGACGCGGCACGAGAAUGUGGUGCUUUUCAUGGGCGCCUGCAUGAGUCCACCCCACCUGGCCAUCAUCACCAGCCUCUGUAAGGGACGGACACUCUACUCUGUGGUGAGGGAUGCCAAGAUUGUGCUGGACGUCAAUAAAACCAGGCAGAUUGCACAAGAAAUUGUGAAGGGCAUGGGCUACCUGCACGCCAAGGGGAUACUUCACAAGGACCUCAAAUCAAAGAAUGUCUUCUAUGACAACGGCAAAGUGGUCAUCACAGACUUUGGGCUCUUCAGCAUUUCCGGGGUGCUGCAAGCUGGCAGGAGAGAGGACAAACUGCGCAUCCAGAAUGGCUGGCUGUGCCACCUGGCACCAGAGAUCAUCCGCCAGCUGUCCCCUGACACAGAGGAGGACAAGCUUCCUUUCUCCAAGCACUCUGACGUCUUUGCCCUUGGCACAAUCUGGUACGAACUCCAUGCCAGGGAGUGGCCUUUCAAGACCCAACCAGCAGAGGCCAUAAUCUGGCAGAUGGGCACCGGGAUGAAACCCAAUCUCAGCCAGAUCGGCAUGGGAAAAGAAAUCUCGGACAUCCUUCUCUUCUGCUGGGCCUUUGAACAAGAAGAGAGGCCCACCUUCACCAAGCUCAUGGACAUGCUGGAGAAACUGCCAAAGCGAAACCGUCGCCUGUCUCACCCGGGACAUUUCUGGAAGUCUGCAGAGCUGUGACCGUGGGACAGUCGGAUGGCGCUCAGCCGCCUCAGCUCCGAAUCACCUCUCCUUCCCUGCUCUGCCCUCUGCCAGCUCAGGAGGCCAGAGGCUCACCUCAGAGGGUCCCGACCCGGCCAGCCUGGGGGCGCUGCACACUCGCGCGGGGGCUGCCCUGCUCGCAACCCAGACUUGCGCCCUUUUUCUCAGGCAGGGUCAGGAACCCCGAGCUAGGACUGAACUGGAUCAGCCAGGAGGAUAUCGCAAGAUUAAUGCGUGAGGCCCAGGGCUUACCGUGUAGUCAAGAGUAAUGCAGGCUGAGAGUGGUGCCCCAGGCUCUGCGGAUGAGGGCGGAGACCUUGUGGGUAGGAACCUAGGAGUUUCUCUGUGCGCAUGCGUCACCGUGUGGCCCAGGCUCUGCUCUCUUUCCGCCUGGAAAAGUGGUAUCCAGACUGCCCCAGGUGUGCAGUGUCCCUGGCUGCUUUUGUCACUGUGGGAAGGAAUCAGAGCCAGCACCAGCCCUGUCCAGGCUUCUUGGUCAAGGUGGGAAAGAAGGGUUGGCUAAAGCUUCUUCCUUUGGAAACAUCUGUUUUCAGAGGCCCCAGCCCAAGGCCACAGAGGUUUAUGGCACCUUUGCAUAUAGUUCCAGAAGGCAGCGGAAGAGUUCUGCAUGUCUUUUGAGCUCUGAGUCUCUCAGGGGUAGUAGUUUCUGGGUUCCGCCUUUGCCUUCCGUUCCACAAAAGUGUCAUCCUGUCUCAUCCGACCCUCCUUUUGCCAUGUGAAAGGCACAGUGGCUUCCAAGCCAGAACGACCUGGGGUUUCCCUACGGGUCCAUCAUUCCUGACACGCCCUGAAGUCUGGGCUCCAAGGCCUAGAGCUCUGGGGAAGGAAGCGCAGUUUGUUCCUUCCCCUCCCGCUCUGUGCUGACAUCGUGGAGUUGCUCCACCCACAGUGAUGGAUCUGGGUCCCUGGGAUGUCACACACUGGGAUCCAGGGUUGUACACGUGAAGGACCUCUCCUCCUCUCACCCUUCGGGAGUCCUUUGAGGAGGUGAAGAAGGAUAGCUGUUUGUAGCAUUGCAUUUUCCGUGCUAGCCUGGUUCUGAGUCUCCAAGUGGCCUCCCCAUCUGAAGCCUGUGCCCCCUUGCCUGUCUGUGUUUGCCCAGUGUCCCUCCUCUCCCUCCUUCUGUUUAUGUGCUGGGCUGGUGGCUUUCUCGAGGGUUCUACCAUCGUGCUGUGUAAAGGAUGCUGUAAGCAGAUUGGAUGUGGCACGUGGGUCCAUUUCCCGAAACCCUGACCCCACUGAUCCACCCCCAAGCAGAGCAGCUGGCAGGAUGCCCAGGGUCGGCCCACUCCCCCUCUGGACUUCUGGGUGUCAUGGGCCUUGGUCAUCGUAUAGCUGGCACCUUCUGCAGGCAUCUCCCUCCCAGAGAGAAGAGCUGAGGCUUCAAAACCCUGCCUGUGCUGAGGCUCAAAAUUCAACCGGACAUACAAGUAGGGAUCUUCCCCACCUUGGGUGGCCCGGACUGGUCCAUGCUCUGGGGACCUGCCUGCUUCCAAGCCAGAAAGGAUGAUGAGAAAAGUCACAUUUCCUAAGAGCUGGACUCCAGGGAGACCCCCAUACUUCCCCAAGGUGCUUCAUUGCCUUUCUAACUAUGAUCCCACCUGUCUGACACCAGGGGACUCAAAACCCCAUGUGGGCAGUUUGUAAAUGGACAUUCUUCUUCUUCUAGGGACAUUUGUACAUCUCUGUGACCCUCAGCUUUGUAUUAGUGUGUCUUGAAGGCAUUUUACAUAUACUUUCAGGGGCCCCAGAGCUCUGGUGUUUCUGGGAACAGCUCUUGCAGGCCAUGUCUCCCCAUCAAACAAGCUCCCCUAUGGAUCAACCUUGAGCUGGGCCUGGGCCUUCCUUGGCUCUGCCCGAUGCCUACUGAGUGUCUGAAAUCCAGCUGCUGACUUCUCUUUCAUCACACCAGGAUACCAUGGGUCCACAGAUCAGUCUUUGAGAGGAAGCAGAAAAGGGAAGCAGUAGCCAGUGUUCAGCUACUCUGAAGCUGAAUUGCCCACAAGGGCUUGAACUUCCUCUCUGCCCCUCUUGUUUCCACCUUCUGGGCCACAGUGGCCAACCACAGCCUUUGGCAGGGCCCUGAGAGGUGACAUUUCCAUGUGUUCAUGAGCACCUCUUCAGGAUUAGGGACGGGAGUGGGUGACCCAGGGAGAAACCCCAUCCUGACCUUUUCUUCUUGGAGCUUCUCUGCUUUGUAGACCAGAGUUCCUUGGGUCUGUCCCUGGGUCCCAUAUCACCUCUUCUGGACUUCUUGCUCUUUCUUCUCCUUCUGUGCUCUGCCCCCACCUGCCAAGAUCUUUACUGCAGUCCUGGGGGCAUCUGGGCAUCCUCCUGGACCCCCUCUCCAACCCCAACUGCAUCACCAUAGCCUGUUGGUGGCCCCUUUACUCUGUACAUUUUUAAAUCCUGGGAAAACAAAGCCACUCUCUUCCCUGCUGGCCUCAGUGUAUGCAUGGGAUGGGGAGAGGGCCAUCCUUUGCAAGGAAAAGAAGAGAGCGCGCUAUAAAUUUUUCCAUCCUAGCUGCUAACCUGUCCUGUAGCUCAAAUCUAUACAGUCCACCUGGCAAAGGUGUGUGUGUGUGUGUUUACUGACACAAGUCACCCGCUUGACAGUGAGUUGUUUCCGUCUGUGCCUUGAGUUCCACAAAUCCCUCUUUAGACAGGCUGCCUAAGACAGCUGAUCUGCUGGGUAAGAUUCCCCUGAAGCCCUUGAGCCCCGAGAGAAACAUUUCUUUUCUUCCUAGGAUAUGUGUAGAUUUACACGCUGCAUUCCACCCAUUCCUCUAGGCCACAGGUCUUUCCCAAAACAAAAAACCCUCUUUUGGGAUAUUCCGCAUUCUCCCCAUCCCGAGCCAAACUGGAAACCAAAUCACCACUUAGAUGGGUCUUUUUCUGGUUUUCCUCUUACUGGUCAAAGAGGAAAACAUCUGAUCUUGCCAUCAGGUUCCCUCUUCUUUCUUACUACACCCACCUUGGCCCCUUCCACCAGUGGAAGCCCUCGAUUGGCAUCAGCAGUCAGAUCCCUGAAUCCAAUAAACUUGGUCCUUCCCCUUCCCCAGCUCCAACCUGUGAUCAUACACCACGCACCCCAAGCACACGCGAACCCAGACUCCCUGCAUUUCCCAAGCGCUGCCCCCACCAUCAGAGGCAUGUGGAGGAAAGGGCCAAACUUAGCCCCAGAUGAUCACUAUCUUGACAAAUCCAGAGCUGAGAUUCACAAAUUACAUCCCCAGGACCACACCAAGCCGACCAAAUCGUUUUUUUUACCUAUAUUGAAUUGGGGUGAAAACUCAGAAGAAGACUAUCUCUUGACAUGGGGAAGUCCUAUGAAAUUCAAAGUUCAUGUCCGCCCUUGGAACCGCACUGAGACAUGCCUGUUUGUUUGCAUGGUCUCCAUGGUUGCUUUGCGUUACAAUGAUGGAGCUAUUCGCAGCAGAGACAAGACAGUUAAAAUAUUUGUAAUCUGGGCCUUGACUCUCUUUGCCAGCCUCUGAUAGAGAAGACUUACAGGAGAAUAAAUUCACUUGUGUACGGCUCCCAGAGGAGGGACAGAAGUGAGGGAGAGGACUGUCUCACAGUCCAAAGGUACAGGGGACUCCCGGGGAGGUAACAGCGCCCUUCCUGGGACAGGUGCCGAUGUUGACCACAUGGCAUGUUUGCUAGGCAGGGAUUCAAGCCCCUGAGGCUGCAUGAACUAGUUGGUCUUUAAGACCCCACUGCUUUGCUCAGGCUGCCAUGAUAAUGUACCACACACUAAGUGCUUGAAACAACGGAAAUUUCCUUCACACAGCUCUUGAGGCCGGAAGUUCAACAUCAAGGUGUCAGGGUUGCUUCCAUGGGAGGUCGCUCUGCUUGGCUUCAGUGUUCUCAGGGAACUUCACAUCCAUGGUAUCUCAUCCUACAAGGAUUCCACCUUUACAUAGGGUGAAGGACCCAGUCCUUUGGCCUAAUUUAAUCUCACUGAACUCUUUAAAGGCUCUCCUCCAAAUACAGUACCCUGAGGGAUCAGGACCUAUGAGCACGUGGCUAAACACAUUUCAGGCCCUUACAAUACCACUUGGGAUUUCUAAGGAUCUGAGGGUUAUUUUUGUGUUUUGUUUUGUUUUGUUCACUACUGGGAAUUGAACCCCGGGCCUUUACACU